AUGCCUCCCCGCACCAAGCGCAAGGCCAGUGAGAGCGAGAUUGAGGAGAAGAAGCCCAGCACCAAGAAGGCUCGCCGCCCACGCACCGAAUGGUCGGCCGCUGAGGAGGCGUACCUUGUGGACGUGAUCAACGCGACUAUCGCUUCGUCUGGCGGACUCUGGUCGCUGAUCAAGAACCACCCCGAGAUUGGCCAGCGUUCCAACUUUGGUGUCAAGAAGCACUGGGACGGCAUGUGCGGCCGCAUUUUGGCCGACCUGAAAGACACUUCCACGGCCAAGGCCGGUAACAAGGGCAAGGGCAAGGAGCCCAAUGGCAAACAGGACGUCAAGCCCAAGAUGGAGUUCGAGGACUCGGAAUAG